AUAUAUAUAAAAAAAAGAAAUAAUGGUCUUUCAAGUCGAGAGGGAGAGAACCGGCGUUUUGUCACCGGGCGCAGGAGAGACCGUGAGAUGUACUGUCUCGAAGACAUGAUAAGGCGCUGUAUCAAAUGCAAGGAUUAUUAUUAUAUUCUUGUAAUGUUAUCUAACGGCAUAAGGAUCCAGUAUUUCAAUGCAAGAACUUUCUGUGCCGUUGGAGUGGCCACUGAGUAACCAGGGCAACCCAGGGAAGGGACAUUCAUUAAAACAUGGAGAUGGGCUCAAGGUUGUGAAGAUACGAUUAGGUAUCUGGGCCUUUUGGACAGCUUUAAAAUAAAAUGGAACAACGAAAGGAGCAACACUGGGUGGAGGAGUUAUUUCCUCCACAUUUUACCGCCCAAGAUCUUCUUGCUCCAAGUGUUCACCCACAACCGAUAUUAGUUUCAGAGCAGUUUGCUGCAACUAGGGCCAAGAGAAUUGAAGAGAUUUAUCAACAAGGAAUCGUGAAGUUUCAAGAAGAACAGAAACGUAAAAGAAAAUCCAAAACUUCAGUACUUAUUGUGCGAGAAUAUGACUCCAAACCUGUUCCUUCAGUUCAACAGGUAAAAGGCAUUCAAUCAAAGAAGGAUGCUCAAAGUAACAAUUCUGUAUAUAACAGGUCAGAUAAGACCAUUGAAAAAGGCAUUCAGGAAAUCGAAGACCAGUGUAUUUGGAAUGCUCAAGAACUGGCUGUUUUACGUCAAGGAAUGCAUAGAAAAGAGACUGAACACAACAAGACAAAAGCACAAAUGUCAAUUCUAAAUUCAGAGAUGGAAGAACUAAGGAAAAAUAGCAAGAAACUUACAGAACAUGUUGAUAUGAGAGAGACUGCACUCUUUAAUGCCAAGCAAGAAUUACAAAUUAGGACCAUACAUUUAAAACAGAUCAUACAAGAGAGCUUUAAAAAAGAUUCUCAGCUUCAAGCUCUUGAAAAGGAUUUAAAAGAUAAGAGAACCACUGUGAGCAGCUUAAGCAAAGAACUGCAACAGACCAGACUGGAAGUUCAAGACCUUAAAUUAAAAAAUAAGGAUUUGUUAAUAGAUCUGGAAAAGCUAACAAUGCAACAUGAGGUUGAAAAAUAUAACUUGGUGGAGAAGGCGAAAGAGCAGGGUGGCAUUGAGUUAAAGAAGCUACAAAUGGAACUAGAUGCAAUGAAGAAUGAACUGAAGAAAGAGAAAUUUCAACAUGCAAGAAAUGUGAAGGCUUUGGAGCACCUACGGAAACAUUUUUCAAGUUUACCUUACAAUUCGGUUGAAGAAUUUAAAGUACAAUUCCUGUAGAAGUUAAAUUGAUCGAUGACUUGUUUUUGGUUCAAAAGCAAAAUUGAUUAAGAAAUAAUUAGUUCAUAUGUAAUUGUUAUUAAUGCUGCAAAAGAAAUGAUUUGAUGCCUUGAUUUUAUAGCAAUUUCACAGAGAAACACAUCUAACUUGGAGAUGGUUUCACUAUUAUAAAUAUCCGGACCAUUUCUAAUGUCAUGCGUUAACUAUGGAUACACAUGAGAUUGCAAUGAUCCUGUGGGCAAAUCUUUAGAUAAAAUGCAAUGAAAGGUGAAAAUACUUGAACUAUUUACAGUUAGUGUUACUGAAUAUUCAAACAUAAGUUUCUGUGGGAAAAGAAUUGGAGCUGGCAUUCAGCGCAAUAACAGUCUAUAAUUGGAAGUCUCAAAUACAUUUUAAAAAAUGUAGAUCACAAUGUUUGUUAAGUCCACAAAUUCUAAAGAAAAGAUUAUUUACUUUUAUUUGUAUUUCGCAACUGAAGUCCUGAGACUGGUCUUUCCCAAAUGAAACAUUUUUAACAUCCACCAAAAUAGAUUUCAGUUAAAUUUCUGUUAUUUUGUGAUUCUUAAUGGAUUGUUUAUCAAACUACUAUUACAUAAUAAACAAUUUAAAGUAUGUACACAAUUGAAGAUUUCCCUUUACCAGAGUAACAAUGUUACAAAUACAAAAGUAAUCAUCAUUUUACAUUGGUUGUGGAGCUGAAUAAACAAAUAAAAGUGUUUCAGAUUAUG